UUUUUUUGCAUUAGUCAAAUCUAAUCAAAGAGUAACUAACAAACAAAAUAAUUCUUCCAUUUUUGAAAUAAUGUUAGAUUUUUUAAUUCGAAAAAUGCCUCUUAUUGUCUUCGUUGAGAAUUCAGUUUUAAUGGAUUAGUUGAAAACCAGAAGAAGAAAUUUGAUUUGAUUUUGGACCAAGAAGAAGAAGAAAUAUCUGUAAAUGACAUAAAAAUCUUGUGACAGAAGAAGAUAUGGAUAUAACAAAGAUUUCACUUAUACAUCACAUUGGUAUUGUGCUUGUUGUAUUAUGGAUCUUGUCUACUUAUGGAUAUUCCAAUCCAGUUGUAUAUUUCUUAUCCUUAGUUUAUCUCUAUCAGGUUCAUGAGGGAUAUGUUGUGAAGUUACAGAAGAAAUUACGAUACGAAGAGAAGAAACAAGCCAAUCAGAAAAGGUUGCUUACGGAUUCAGAAACAGUUCGGUGGUUAAAUGAUGCGGUCGAGAAGUUAUGGCCUAUAUGUAUGGAACGAAUUGCCUCACAGCAAAUCCUUCUCCCUAUUAUGCCUUGGUUCUUGGAGAAGUACAAACCAUGGACUGCUAAGGAAGCAAUGGUUGAGAGCUUAUAUAUGGGAAGGAGCCCACCAAUGUUCACAGAAAUGAGGGUUGUAGGUCAAUCUUCUGGGGAUGACCAUUUGGUUUUGGAGUUGGGAAUGAAUUUCCUUGCUGCGGAUGACAUGAGUGCAAUAAUUGCUAUAAAACUCAGGAAAAGAUUAGGAUUUGGUAUGUGGGCGAAGCUGCAUAUGACAGGCAUGCAUAUUGAGGGGAAGGUUUUGGUGGGUGUGAAAUUUCUUCGUGAAUGGCCUUAUCUUGGUCGUAUGCGAAUAUGCUUUACGGAACCACCUUACUUCCAGAUGACUGUAAAACCUAUCUUCAGCCAUGGGAUUGAUGUCACGGAAAUACCUGGGAUUGCAGGAUGGGUGGAUGAACUUCUUGGCAUUGCAUUUGAACAGUCAUUGGUUGAGCCCAAUAUGCUGGUUGUUGAUAUGGAAAAGUUUGUGUCAUCACCAUCAGGGGAUUGGUUCUCUGUCGAUGAAAGAGAUCCAGUUGCUUAUGCUGAACUGCAAAUUAUUGAAGCAGCUGAGAUUAAACCGUCAGAUAUGAAUGGGUUCUCUGACCCCUACGUAAAUGGACAAUGCGGUUCUUUCAAGUUCCAGACCAAGGUACAGAAGAAAACAUUGACUCCCAAAUGGCUUGAGGAUUUUAGAAUUCCCAUCUUCACUUGGGAAGCUUCUAAUUUGAUCUCUAUUGAAGUGCGCGACAAAGAUCAUUUUGGUUAUGAUCCCCUUGGGUCAUGUUCCAUUAACCUCAAUGAUUUAAAGGAUAGCAGGCAGAGGCACGAUAUGUGGGUGGCUCUUGAAAAUAUUAAAAUGGGACGUUUACAUUUAGCAGUAACUGUCGUUGAUUUUGAAAGAAAGGGGAAAAAAAUCAAUACUAAAGGUAUGGUACAGUCGAAGAAGAAAGAAAACUCAGCGACAGACUCUAUUUCAAGAGAAAAUGCUAAGAAAGGAGCCUCAAUCCCAAAUGCACCUUCAGGAGAUGUCUCCAAAAGGGCAGAUGAAUUUGAACCAAUUAACAUUGAAGGCCAGGAAGAAACAGGGAUAUGGGUUCAUCAUCCAGGUAGUGAUGUUUCACAGACUUGGAAACCUAGGAAAGGUAAGAGUAGGCACUCUGAUAUUGCAAUCCAUAAUGAGGAUAAUUGUUCAUCCAACAGCAUGGGAUCCCAAAAUAGUUGUGAUAGUAGUAGUGAUGACAGUAAAGAUGGACACAAACAUAAGUCCUUUGGCUCGAUUAGGAGGAGUCUAAGGAAGCUUGGGUCAGUGUUUCAUAGAAGUUUUAAAAAGGAGGAUUCACACGUUUUAGGAGAGGCUGCCUCCCCACGAAGCUUCAAUACUGAUAAAGUGAAGGAGAAGGGUGCUAAUGCAAGGUCUAGGAUGGGUGGUCACGUAUCUGAGGCUACAGAACGUUACAAACCAGAAGAUGGGAGCUUCGAUCUCCAGAAUGAAGGGAUGAGGCCAACGCAGAGCAGCGAACAAGUUAUCCCAAUUAAUUACGUGAAAAACGCCGAGAAGCUUGCUGAUAGCCCAAAACAUGCAGUAUCCAGAAAAGAAUCCGACCUAAGUACGACAAAUUCUGCUUCAGCCCCAGCAGCAAUAUAUGACAACACUGAUGAGGAGUCAUCUCUAUCAUCUUCGAGAGUUUCUACUCCCUGAGUUUAUGUCCCAAUUGUUUCUGAUUCUUCUGAUGAACAGAACAUACAUGUGGCUCCCCACAAUUCUGUAGUUAAAGCAGCCGAACCAACAGUCAGGGAAGUUCCGGUUCAAGAAGUUGAAAGGACCAAUGAUGAUUCAAAAUUUUUGGAUAUAGAAGUCUCCCAAAGGGACCAAUGAUGAUUCAAAAUUUUCGGGUAUAGAAGUCUCCCAAAGAAAUGCAGUAGCAAAGAACGCAGAAAAUAUGUGAUUUUGAAGUAUUCAGUUUCGCAUGAUUAUAACCUUCCGAUGACGCUGCUGGAACGUCAAUACAAGUUCUCUGUUGCUGUCUGCAGCAUUUUGUUUAUAUUUCAAAUUGUAGUUAUAAGAGAUCUGGUAGUACGGGAAGUAUAUUUUCUGAUGCUUUUUUGUUCUUUUCAUUUUAGCGAUUCAAAAGAAAAAUGUUUCUACUU